GUGAAAGAGAUCACUGAUCACAUCUUUUGGGAAAUGAACUACAGCUGUUAGUAACAGGAAUGUGAAAUCAUACUACUUUAAAAACAAAGAAACAAAGCCCACACCACCCCAGGCCUCUGCCUGUUAGAGAAGGCACAUCAUUUCAGGAAAAGGUUGGAGGUCUGUGCCCAGAAGGUCUGCUCUGAUACCGAUGGUGGAAAAGAUAAAAGGCUCAGCAUCAAAGUGAGAGCUCUUUGAUGGUUGUGUCUUCUAGGGAAAAAAUUGCACCAGUGCAGCAAUUCACAAAGCAUGUCUUCUUGAACAGAUUAACCCAUUUAACUAGAAGUAGAAUGCAGCUAUGUAACAUUUUUGCCAAUAUAUGUUUUUCAUAAUUAGAUGCAGAAGCAAGCUGCUGCACUGCAAAGAAUCACAUUUUACCUAUACAUUUAUUAAGCAAUUUAAUGGCUGUUGCAUACACGCAUGUUUACCAGAAUCCUGUUACAGAUAAAUAAUUAGUUAAUUCACUUAUAAAUAACAUGCACUCAAAAAUUUAUAUAGCGUAGAGUAAGCAAUCAUACCGAGCAGCAAAAUAAGGCAUAGAUUUGUAAUGCACUGCUUUUAUUGGUAUAAAUAAUAGUACAUUGAUCCAAGCUCAUUACGCUGUUGGCUUUUGGUAGAAGUGAGAGUUUGUGCAGAGUAGGUAGCGUGGCAGACUUGGUAUCUUAGGAAGACAUGGAGAGAGAGAAGAAAAUUAAAAGGAAAUUGAAGAAAAGCUACUGAGGAAUACAGUUUCCAUAGUGCAUUGAAUUUGAUUUUCACUUCAGAUUUUCUAUUAUCUGUCUAACAAUAAAAGAAAGACUGUGUGAAAAGGUUGAUAUAUUCUGCCAGCAACUGGAAUUCUGUCACUUCCUGUAAAUAUGAAAACUAUUUUUUUGGACACAAAAUGCACUUCAAUGGGUAGUGACUGUAUGCCAAUAAAAGAGCAUACGAUCUCUGAACUGUUGGGGAAACCUUACUGAGCAGCAUACCUGGCCUGCCUGUCAUUAAACAGCAAAUGGCAACACCACAGCCAUCAGGCUCCUUCCUGUUUAGUAACUCCCUUAUGAGUGUUUUGUCAAGCACCGAGGCAAAAUAACAUCCGGUCCUAAUUCCGUACGGUUGAAGUGUUCUUAAAACAUGUAAACAUAUACUGCGAAAAUGGGGAUGUGUCGUUCUGGAAAAGACCAGGUUGGAUUGUUACUCUAUUUUACCUUUCUAAAGCAACCUUUUAAAAUGCUUCCAUACUUGUGCAGUCUAGGAGAUGGAGGCAUGCAAUUUUGAAAGCUGUGCGGCAACUCUGGGGGGGUUCCCUUGAAAUAUUUACGAGUCAAGGGCAGUGUGGAGUAAAGUGAGAGCUGGUUUCCAUGCAAAUGCUGCUUUGAAGGCAAAUACAACAAAAAUAACAUGAAUAUGUACACAAAGGCACCUAUUUUACAGUCCAGGAACAGGUUGCUGCCAUGGCCAAGCCAAAGAGCACUAAACUAAGAGAGUCUAAAGGUUCAGCAGUUAAAACUUUUUGAAUUAUGGCAUAAUUUGUGGUUGGGGAGAAAAAUCUGUUGUGCCUUUGAGGGUUUAUUUUAAGGGAGAGAGCAGAGACUGGGCUGCUGCUCUUAAAUGCUGUUGUCUUAAAAUCUCCUGUUAAUGAUGAAUGCAGUAAUGGAAUGGCUGCCUCCCGUUUAGAACCAGCUUAUCCUGUUACGUAAAACACAUGCCAGCGUGCGUGUAUUUAAUUACUUGUUACUAUCUUUUACUUUCAAUAGAAAAUAUAAAAGCAAUGGCAGCGUGUAUAUUGGCUCUCUUGUUCCAGACUGUGCCUUUGUUCUGCUAAGCGAAUCACAGAGUCAUUCAGGUCGGAAGCGAUGUCUCAGACACGCAGUGCAGCCGUCAGCCAUCAGCUGUGGCCGUGCCCGCCAUCCGCGCCCCGCGGUGCAGCCGGCUCUACGUGCGGGCAGGCGGCUCUCCUGGGCCUUCCCUCUGUGGAAGGGCGGGAAGACCCCUACAGCUGUCAGAACGGCGAAAUCCCCGCACCACGUCGCUGCGGGGGAAGCGCACGGACGUAACCCGACGGGGAGAGCGGAGAUGUGGGGGAGGCCGGCCCGGCGGAACGGAAAGCGGCGGAACGCCGCGGCGCCGUCCCCGUUGCCGGCGGACGCGCGGAGCGGGAGGCCCGCAGCGCGGCGAUGGUGGGCGGCGGGGGGACGAUCCGCGCCUUUGUCCGCGCCCUGAGCGGCCGGCGGGCGGCGGCCGGUGGCCGCGGCGAGCUGUCCUGCUGCACCGGCGCUCUCCUGAACCGUAAUGGCAGUGUUCGGCUGAGUCCCAGCAGCGCUCCAACUGACCUAAACGGCAGCAUGGUGACCACGAGGAGGCUGCUCAGCACCUCGCAGUCAUCGGUGGAUCCAAAGGAAUUGAGGAAAUUCCAGCUCCUGGCACACAGCUGGUGGGAUGAGCAAGGAGAGUACUCAGCCCUGCACUCCAUGAAUGACAUCAGAGUGCCGUUUAUUAGGUGUGGGUUUGAAGACGGGUGUUUUUAUGGAGACACUGUGCUGAACAUGGGCAGCACCUACCAGCGGGGAAGCCCACUUUCUGGGAUCAAGAUUCUGGAUGUUGGCUGUGGUGGUGGACUGCUGAGUGAGCCUCUAGGUAGACUGGGAGCUUCGGUUACUGGAAUUGAUCCUCUGGAAGAAAACAUCAGAGUGGCGGAUCAGCACAAGUCAUUUGAUCCAGUUCUGGCCAAGAGAAUACAGUACAAGUCUAGCUCACUGGAGGAGAUUGUGGAGGAGUCUGUGGAAAUGUUUGAUGUAAUUGUAGCUUCUGAAGUCGUGGAGCAUGUGGCUGACCUUGAAAUGUUUAUCAAGUGUUGCUGUCAGGUGUUAAAGCCUGGAGGUUCUUUGUUCGUUACUACAAUCAAUAAAACUCAGUUGUCCUAUAUCCUGGGAAUUGUGGUUGCAGAAAAAAUAGCAGGCAUUGUACCAGAAGGAGCACAUGACUGGGAGAAGUUUGUUCCCCCAGAGGAGCUGGAGCACCUCUUGGAAGCGAAUGGCUUCUCUGUCAAGACUGUGAAUGGGAUGCUGUACAACCCCCUCACUGAGUCCUGGAGCUGGAUUGAAAGCACAAGCAUUAACUAUGCCCUGCACGCUGUGAAAUCUGGGGGUCAGGCACAGACAAGCCAAACAGAGCCUCUCUCAGAGAUGGAAAGUGAACAGUGCUCGGCCACAGCUGGCACCAGCGUGUGACCAGCUGAGAUACAUGCUGAUGGACUGCCACCAGGAACAGAAAAGGUUUUACACAGACAGGCACAAUAAAGCCUUUUGUAACAAUAAGCUUGCUGUUUGCAUUAAUAAUGUUAGUGCCAUUUUUGGCCAAAUAUUUUUGGGCAGUUCCAGGAAAAACAAGUGCCUGUUAUCUCAGGAAUCCUCUAAGAUUGAAAUGAGCAAAGCUCUGGAAGAAGUCUUUGUAUAAAAAAAAAGUAGUUUCAAAUUGUUCCCUCAGUAGCUUUGAGAAGGCUCUUUCUUUGGAUGAUGAUGUUUGUGUCAUCUGAGGAAAACUCGUCUCUCCAUAGAAUGAUAGCAUAAAUGCAGGAUGAAAACACAAUGUAUGAGAAAUAAAAUGCUUUAGAUAUUUCAGUUACUCAGUAUAAAGUACUUCAUGUUAAAAUACAUUACAUUUAAAAACCACAAUCAUCACUUGUUUCCACACUGUGCCUUCUCCCAGCAUGGGGAAGGAGGAUGCUGAAAGAAGAGUAACAACCCUUUGCUGUUGGGUUGUGUUAUUUCUACAGCUGAUCACUGCAGUGGAAGGAGAGUUUAUAGCCCAGAGUGCCUCUGCUGUCAGAACUCUCAUCACCAUGAGCUGACUUUAUCUGUUCCUAUUUUAACCUUCUCCCUUUACCUGAAUAAAAGAUGAUAAAGCUGUGAGUAGAACUUUACUAAGCAACUAGAGCUUUUUGCUAGAUAUGCAUUGCAUUAGUGGUCUGUCCUAGAAUCAAAAUGCCAUACCUAGUUGCUUGUAAAUUUCUUGUGCCAGCAUAAGGAAAAAUGUUUGUUGAAAUGGGACUUUAUAAAUAAAAUGUCUCUUUAUGGUUGUAUCUCUUUCCUUCUCUCCUUCACUUUCCCUUGGCUUAUAUAUAGACAAAGAGGUGGCUUGGCUGUGUUUUUUAACGUUCAUCCCUGCAAACUGAAAAUGAAACUUCAGUAUUUCACCUGUUGCAGAGGUUCAGUGGGCUAAAUUACUAUAUUACAUAUUUGUAUUCUUGCUGCUUUGCUCUGUGGUACCUCAGAAUCAAAGUGUUGGAUCUGAUGAUGUAUAUAAGAAUAUAGUUAAUUACUAAGGGAUGCAGUAGUAAUUCAUAGAUAUUAAAUCGGAAAGGAUUCUCUACUGUGAAUAUUUGUGUGACAAUAAAUUCUGCUUUGUAAUA